GCGAAGGGCGGAGCGGCAACAUGGCGGCGCCGGGGGCUGGUGAUCCUCUCGAUUCCAAGAAUGGAAAGGCCCCCUUCGCUCAGCGCAUCGACCCGACUCGGGAAAAACUGACUCCCGCGCAACUGCACUUCAUGCAGCAGGUGCAGCUUGCCCAGUGGCAGAAGACGCUGCCACAGCGGCGGACCCGGAACAUCGUGACCGGCCUGGGCAUCGGGGCCCUGGUGUUAGCAAUUUAUGGCUACACCUUCUACUCGGUGUCCCAGGAGCGUUUCCUUGACGAGCUGGAAGACGAGGCCAAAGCUGCCAGAGCCCGAGCUCUUGCGAGGGCAUCAGAACCCUGAAUUGGAUGGGCAUUGCCUAUCUCCAGUCUGGUGGAGUCCCUUUACAUGAUGGAUCAUACUCCAUGACCCUGUAGAAAUUGCUUGUGCACAGCAUCACUGGCCUACUUAACUGACUUUGGAUCGUGAUUAAACCCAAGAAAGCAGAGACUGUGCAUUUGGCCACUGUCAGUGGAAUCUUGUCCCUAUCCUAUGCACUGUGUACAGUGAAUCCUUUUUAUUUGUUUCCUUGCUUGAGAGUAUACAACCUUGGCUUUUCUCAAACUUUGUGGUUUAGCCUCCUUCAUCUUCCAGAGGACCAACUUAUGGGGUGGGGGUGGCAGUUCUGUGCAGUGUUAGAGCCUGAAAUGGGAAAGGUAAGGUCAAGUUAAGAAUAAUAAACAGUCAUUUCUCCUGGA